UCCCCCACCCUUAAGAUUCCUCCCCACUCAUUCCCUCUCUCUCUCUCCGCCCAAUUCACGUAAGCAACUCCUCCGACCAGUACCCCCUGUCUUUCACCUCUUGCCUCCUGCUACCAUCUCCCUGUCCUGCAGCACGCUGCUUUACUUUGUGUGCACGCUGCAUCAUGAUGAAUGUCGGCUGCUUCUGGGGUCUCUCGUUGUUCCUGUCUCUGAGUUUAGGAUGGACAAAGGCUCAGCAGCAGAAUUACUCCAGGCCUAUCUUUUACUGUGGAGGGGACCUGGUGGCAGACUCAGGGUUUGUUGGCAGUGAGGGCUUCCCAAGCUUCUACAAACCAAACAGCAAAUGCACCUGGAAAAUCACUGUUCCCGAGGGAAAUGUGAUCACGCUCUCCUUCCGCAUUUUUGACCUGGAGACCGACUCACAAUGUCGUUAUGACUAUCUGGAUGUUUACAAUGGCCAUUCCAACUUGGUGCAAAAACUGGGUCGUUUCUGUGGAACUUUCCGGCCCGGUUCUCUAAUUUCUACCACAAACACCAUGAUGCUGGACAUGGUGUCUGAUGGGGAGACGCAGGGUCGAGGGUUUGUGGCCUAUUUCAGUGGAACCAAACCAUAUGUGGAUGAUCAACUGAUCUGUGGGGGGAAGAUAACAAAAGCCCAGGGAGAGAUCAUGACACCCAACUGGCCUGACAAGAAAUACCCACCAGGAACCAGCUGCUCCUGGCUUAUCGUGGUGGAGCCUGAUAUGGUAAUCCAGGUGAAGUUUAAUAAAUUCAUCCUGGAGCCUGACACCUAUUGUCGGUUUGAUUACGUGGCUUUCUACAAUGGUGGAGAGAAAGAUGAUUCACACCUGAUUGCAAAAUACUGUGGUGAUCAGACCCCGCGACCAAUUAUCACCAAUGGCAACGAGCUGCUGGUCCAGUUCGUGUCCGACCUUAGCGUGACAUUUGAUGGAUUCCUCGCCCAAUACACCAGUGUCCCUCGUGGCUCUACCAUCCCACCAGUCGACUCUGGAGCUGGUACGAGGUCAAUCCCUCUGAAACCUGUGGUAAAACCUGCAGUGAAACCUGCACAUGAACGUCCAGCCACUACCUUGCCGCCACCUGCCCCUACCGCCAAGUAUGUGCCACCUCCUCCUCCAGAGCCCGCGGAGAAACCAAGACCGGUUAAGCCUACAAGAGGUCGCGGACAGGACAGCACAGGCCAGGACAGGAGGGUGCCAGUUCCAAGGCCGGACGGAAAGAGGCCUGUGCCUCAAAACCCACUUUGUGCCAAAGCCUGUAAAAGAGAUGGAACCAUCAAGACAAGCUUCUGUGCCAGUGAAUUUGUGAUUACAGGGAAGGUGACCUCGCUGGCCCCUGGGCCUCGUGGAACUCUUCGCGUUAACGUGUCCAUUAUUAAGGCCUACAAGGCAGGUCGGCUAACCAUCACGCAAGUGGGAGAAACCAUGUCGGUUAACCUGGUGUCACAGUGCAAGAAAUGCCCGUUGCUCCGGAGAGGUCUCAACUUCAUCAUCAUGGGUCAAGUGAAUGAAGACGGACAUGGCACCCUGGCACCUGGUGCAUUCACAGCUCCCUACAAAGCCCCACAUCACAAACUAUUGAUGAAUAUCAACAACCAGCCCUGUUAACCUCACACACCCGUCCAUGACAUUUAUGACAACAUAUCACACACACACAUCCAGAAUAUUCAAUGUGAAAUACAGAUCUAUAGAAGCACAACACUGCAAUGAAACAUAAAAUUUGUAUCCAACACUUUAUGCAAAAACAUUGUUUUAUUCGAACACCUACCAAACCUUGUGUUUGUAAUUUAUACAUGAAUAAAGGUUUUAUAUCUCUU